AUGCUCACGAUCGUUUAUGAGCCGGCCUGUUCCCGCAGCGUUCGCAGCAGAGCAGAUCUCGAACGCAACGCCGCUCUCCCUGGAUCAGCGCCCCCUACGCGAGGGACCGCCAUCAUGCGUUUUUACCAGGCUCUGACGGCCUUGAUUUGGCUGUUUGCAUCUGGGGCUCUAGCGACUGACAAUGGCCUCACUGACGUGGUUUCGUGGGACAAGUACAGUCUCGUGAUCAACGACACCCGGACUUACAUCCUCUCUGCCGAAUUCCACUACCAGAGAACGCCCGUCCCCGAGCUGUGGCCCGACAUCCUGCAAAAGUUCAAGGCCAAUGGCUUCAACACCGUGAGCAUCUACUUCUUCUGGUCGUAUCACUCGGCCGCCGAGGGCGUCUACGAUUUCGAGACCGCAGGCAAGAACAUUCAGCGGCUGUUUGACUACUGCAAAGAGGCCGGACUUUACGUCAUUGCCAGAGCCGGCCCCUACUGCAAUGUCCAGGCCGAAACCAAUGGCGGAGGCCUCGCUCUCUGGGGCUCCGAUGGUCGUUUCGGCAAAAUCAGGACCUCUGACGCGCGGUACCAAGCCGGGUGGCUUCCCUUUAUUACGCAAGUCGGCAAGAUUAUCGCCGCGAACCAAAUCACCAACGGCGGCCCCGUCAUCCUCAACCAAGUCGAGAACGAGUACCAGGAGAGCGUCUACUCGCCCGACAACACCGCUGUGAUCUACAUGGAGCAGCUCAAAAAGGCAUUCCACGACGCCGGCAUCGUCGUCCCGCUGACACACAACGAAAAGGGCAUGCGUUCCCGGUCGUGGUCCACGGACUACAACAACGUCGGCGGCGCCGUCAACGUCUACGGCCUCGACAGUUACCCGGGCGCCCUGUUCUGCACGGAUCCGGCGGUUGGCUUCAACGUCGUGCGGACGUACUUCCAGUGGUUCUCCAACUACUCGUUCACGCAGCCGAGCUACCUCGCCGAAUUCGAGGGCGGCUGGUUUUCAAACUGGGGCAGCCCGACUUUCUAUGACCAGUGUGCCUCGGAGCACGACCCGGCCUUUGCGGACGUUUACUACAAGAACAAUAUCGGACAGCGCGUGACCCUGCUCAGCCUUUACAUGAGCUACGGCGGUACGAACUGGGGGCAUUCCGCCGCGCCCCAGGUCUACACGAGUUACGACUACAGCGCCCCUCUCCGAGAAACCCGCGAGCAAUGGACCAAGCUCUUCCAGACAAAGCUCAUUGGCCUCUUCACCAGAGUCUCAUCCGAUCUGCUCAAGGUCGAGAUGGUUGGAAACGGAACCGGCUACGGUCUCUCUUCGGCCUCUGCCUUUAGCUGGGUUCUCCGCAAUCCCGAUACCCAGGCCGGCUUCACCGUUGUGCAGCAAGCCAGCACCAAGUCCAUGACCCCCAUUCAGUUUGACGUCACCCUCAACACGACCGCUGGACCCGUGACUGUUCCGAAUGUCGUGCUCAACGGCCGCCAGAGCAAGAUUCUCGUCACGGACUACGUCUUUGGAAAGCACACUUUGCUGUACGCCUCGGCCGACAUUGCGACCUAUGGGCUCUUCGACACGGAAGUGCUUGUUUUCUACCUCCAAGAGGGCCAGACUGGAGAAUUCGCCUUCAAGGACGCAGGCAACCUCACCUUUGAGGUGUUUGGGGACACUGACUUACAGGAGACAACAAAUGGGAACCAUUCGGCCUUUACCUGGAAGCAGGUCGCCGGCUCCACGGUGGUCAAGUUCUCCAACGGCGCUCUCAUCUACCUGCUCGAACAAAAGUCGGCGUGGCAUUUCUGGGCGCCCCCGACAACGCCCAACCCUACGGUGAAGCCCAACGAGCAGCUCUUCAUCCAGGGCCCGUACCUCGUCAGAAGUGCAAGCAUCUCCCACGGCGUGCUCCACGUCUCGGGCGACAGCGACAAGGCCACGGCAAUCGAGGCCUACGUCGGCGACGAGGCCAUUGAGACCAUUGACUGGAACGGCCAGCGCUUGGCCGCCACGAAGACUCCUUACGGCUCCUUCACUGCGCAGAUUCCCGGCGCCGAGGAUCGGGUCGUGACACUCCCCGAGCUGUCAAACUGGCGUGCGGCCGACGGUCUUCCCGAAGCGGCGCCCGAUUUCGACGACUCCCGCUGGACCGUCUGCAACAAGACGACCACGCCCAGCCCGUAUGCCCCCAUCACCCUACCGGUGCUCUACAGCUCCGACUAUGGCUUCUACUCGGGGGCCAAGGUCUACCGCGGCUACUUUGACGGCGCCAACGCCACGUCUGUCAACAUCACGGCCUCGGGCGGCUUGGCUUUUGGAUGGUCGGCGUGGGUGAAUGGGCAGUUCCUCGGCGGCGACGUCGGGUCCGCUUCGGCGACGACGACCAACAAGACUCUCACUUUCCCUCGGUCCGCGUUGCGCGAGUCGAACAACGUGGUGACCGUCGUGGUGGACUACCAUGGCCAUGACCAGGCCUCGACAGCGCAAGGCAUCAACAAUCCGCGCGGCAUCCUUGGUGCCCAGUUGCAACCCGGCAGCACACGGACCAAUACGGGCUUCAAGCUGUGGAAGCUGGCGGGCGCAGCCGGCGGCGAGGCCAACAUCGACCCCGUCCGCGGGCCCAUGAAUGAGGGCGGCCUCUAUCCGGAGCGCCUGGGCUGGCACCUCCCCGGCUUCGCGCCCACCGGCUCCUCGUGGAAGCCCGAGUCUCCCCUCGUCGGCCUCUCCGGCGCGGGCAUCCGCUUCUACGUCACCGACUUCACGCUCAACAUCGACUCGGACCUCGACGCGCCCCUGGGCAUCGAGUUCUCCGCGCCCGCAGGGACGACCGCGCGCGUCCUGUUCUGGAUCAAUGGCUACCAGUACGGCAAGUACGUCCCGCACAUUGGCCCGCAGACGCGGUUCCCCGUGCCGCCGGGGGUGCUCAACAACCGCGGCCGCAACAUCUUGGCCGUCAGCCUGUGGGCGCAGACCGACGCGGGGGCCAAGCUGGAUGGACUGAAGCUGGUGCAGUACGGGCAGUACCAGACGGAUUUCAAGUUCAGCCGCGACUGGAGCUACCUCCAACCCGGGUGGGAAGAUCGCCAGGAGUAUGCUUGA